AUGGGGUUGUCUUUGUACUCUAUUGCAGGAUUUACCACAAAGAAGUCCUUAAAGGUAUGGGGAAUAAUACUGGGGAAGAAGAUUAUUGUAUUGAUUGAUAGUGGAGCAUCAACGAACUUUAUCUCUCGCACAGUAGCUGAAGAAUUAGAUUUAAAACAAACAGAAACUAAGCCGUUUGUAGUGGAAGUGGAGAAUGGACAGCAAGUAAAGAGUAGGGGAAGCUGCAAAGGAGUGGAAUUGUGGAUUGAUACAGUGCGGAUAACACAAGAUUACUUUCUUUUUAAUUUGGGAAGUGCUGAUGUAGUGUUGGGAUUAGAGUGGUUGGAGACUUUGAGGGAUAUUCAAGCAAUUGACGAGUUACUGGAUGAGCUUGGGGGUGCCACAAUAUUUUCGAAGUUGGAUCUAAGAUCUGGGUACCAUCAAAUCCAGUUUUGCGAGAAGGAUGCAACAAAGAUAGCUGUUCUUACACAUGAAGGCCACUAUGAGUUUUUGGUCAUGCAAUUCGGGUUGUCUAACACUCCAUCUACUUUUCAAGCCUUGAUGAAUGAGAUAUUUCGGCAUUACUUAUGUAAGUUUUUAUCAGUCUUUUUUGAUGACAUAUUGGCUUACAGUGCAAAUUCUUCUACUCAUUAG